AUGAAAUGGAGAUUUCAAUACCUGAUCUCAAAAGAAAGAGAAGCUUUAAUGGCCACAUUUAGACAACACUUAAAAAAGAAAAAGGCUUCAGUAUCUUCUGGAUGUGGUUAUGAAGACGUAUAUAAACCCAUUUGGAUAUUUUAUGAUGUCAUGGAGUCGUUUCUGGGAGAUGUGUAUGAAUGUUCCAGUAAAAUGGAUAGGGACGAUGCGCCGACACAAAGAUAUGAACACACAGUAGUCGAACCUCAAACGUAUGAAACAAGAAAAGUGUUAGAUGAACAAGAGGAGCUUGCACGCCCUGCAAAUAUCAACACACAGGAAGGACUUCCAACCCCCUCUAAUAAAAACGUAUUGAAGCGUCGUUCCUCUAACCCUCCUGAAUUUCAAGAGGCAACCAGGCACAUGAAAAGUGCAUUGGGUACUAUCAAUGCUGUAUUAUCCAACAAAAUGAACCAAGGAGAUGAUGUAUAUGACCUCUAUGGAAAACUUCUAGCAUCAAAAUUGAAGAAGUAUUUUUCUGAUGUCGAACAACAGGAAGUCAUGUGUGAAUUAGACAAUGUAUUGAUAAAAAGAAUAAGGAAUCGCCAAACACAGAGUUAUAUUUCUUCCCCAAGUACUCCGCGCUCUGUUUUUUCUUUUUCACCUGCAUCACCACUUCAAAUACACCGUCCUUCAUCUUCCCAAACUUUUUAUAUUACAUCAGACUCGCCUGUAUCAAUGCCACAGCAGCCAUCUUCAUCCCCUGGUUAUCCUAUGUUAAGCAUACCAGAGCCAAAUAGUAUACUAACACCAAACAUAAUUAUGUUGUCACCGCAACACCCACACUUUACUCCAUCAACCACUACAGCAACAUUGCCAGUACAGAAAUCAGACAUUUAUAGUUCAACUUUUACUUCAAAACGUCAAUCAGGAAAUAGAAUAAAAAUUUUACAUGAUGAAGUGGUUAAUUCGGGACAAAUUAAUCCAAUUCGGGAAGCUUUUUCCAAAGCAGUUGAAGAUGAUAUUUAA